UCUGGCUGAGUAAUAAAUUGCCCCGCGCUAAAGCGCGGGCUUUCUUGAGACGCGCCUUGCUGAGAGGGUUCACGUUGCUCCGAGUCCUUGUCGCGGCCCUGCGGUUGGCGGUUUCCGCGUGGCCCGGAGCGAGGCCAGGCGGCCCCCGCUCGAGGCCCGCGUCGCCAUGGCCGCGGUUCCCGAGUUGCUGCAGCAGCAGGAGGAGGACCGCAGCAAGCUGAGAUCUGUAUCUGUGGACCUGAAUGUUGAUCCCUCGCUUCAGAUUGACAUACCUGAUGCACUCAGUGAGAGAGAGAAGGUCAAAUUUACCGUGCACACCAAGACCACGCUGUCCACGUUUCAGAAUCCAGAGUUCUCUGUUACAAGGCAGCAUGAAGACUUUGUGUGGCUACAUGACACUCUUAUUGAAACUGCAGACUAUGCUGGGCUUAUUAUUCCACCUGCUCCUACAAAGCCUGACUUUGAUGGCCCUCGAGAAAAGAUGCAGAAAUUGGGAGAGGGUGAAGGGUCUAUGACCAAAGAAGAAUUUGCUAAGAUGAAGCAAGAGCUGGAAGCUGAGUAUCUCGCGGUCUUUAAGAAGACUGUAUCCUCCCAUGAAGUUUUUCUACAGCGGCUCUCUUCUCACCCUGUUCUCAGUAAGGAUCGCAACUUCCAUGUGUUCCUGGAAUAUGAUCAGGAUCUAAGUGUUCGGCGGAAAAAUACCAAAGAGGUGUUUGGUGGCUUUUUCAAAAGUGUGGUGAAAAGUGCUGAUGAGGUCCUUUUUUCUGGAGUUAAGGAGGUAGAUGACUUCUUUGAGCAAGAGAAGAAUUUCCUCAUUAACUAUUAUAAUAGGAUCAAGGAUUCGUGUGCAAAAGCUGACAAAAUGACCCGAUCUCAUAAAAAUGUUGCAGAUGACUAUAUCCACACUGCAGCCUGCCUGCAUAGCCUGGCUUUAGAAGAGCCCAUGGUCAUCAAAAAGUACCUAUUGAAGGUUGCUGAGCUAUUCGAAAAACUUAGGAAAGUAGAAAGUCGAGUCUCCUCCGAUGAAGACUUAAAGCUGACAGAGCUUCUCCGAUACUACAUGCUCAACAUAGAGGCUGCUAAGGAUCUCUUAUACAGACGUACCAAAGCCCUCACUGACUAUGAGAACUCAAACAAAGCCUUGGAUAAGGCCCGGUUGAAAAGCAGAGAUGUCAAGUUGGCUGAGGCACACCAGCAGGAAUGCUGCCAGAAAUUUGAACAGCUUUCUGAAUCUGCAAAAGAAGGUUCUUCCUGAAAUUCAUGACUGAACUGAUAGUCAGUUGAACGAGCAUAGUACAAAUGAAGGUGGUGUGAACAGGCAUCAACGGGAGAUGAGACAGGUUAGCGUUGAGCCCUGGUCCUGGGUGCAGGCCUAGAGGAAAGGUGAGUUUAUCUUGACCUCUGUGAAGACCUAUUUAGUAUAUCCAAGGUAAUUAACCCAUCAUGAUAAUUUGUUUAAAAAUGUUGGCUGCUUGAUCUUUCUUUUGGCCAGUGCUACGUUAGACCUGGUGCAGGAGGGUAAGUUUGCUCCUGAGGACUGGACCCCCAGCUGAAGCUGGAGAGGAUUUUGACCAAAGGAGUGAUGGUCAGAACUGGGUUUAUGGAAGGAAUCCAAGGGAGAAAGUACUUAUUGGCUUACCCUAAUUUCUAAUGGGGCAUUAAUCCUGAAUAGUGUUUGGUGAUAGGAAACCACAGAUGUAAAGGGCAUAUUGUAUAGAUCUGUCUACAGAGAAGCUGUCUGAACGUACGUAAGCAGUAGUUUCAAAGUUUAAAAAUAAUAAUUUAAAGAAAUGGGCGUAGGUGCAGGUUAUGUAUGUGUGGCUCACCACCUCCCCAGCCUUCUUUCCAUAAGUACUGGUAGCUAGAGGUUUAGGGCAAGACUGUUCAUUUCAUAGAUUCUCUAAGUAGUCUGUGGCAUUCUCUCAAUUUUGAUGCUCAGUAAUUGGGUGCAGUGCUCAUUUUAAAGGCAAUGCCAGGGGCACCUGGCUGGCUCAGUAGGUAAGAGCAUGAGACUCGAUCUCAGGGUUAAAAGUUCAAGCCCUACGUUCGGUGUAGAUAGGACUUAAAAAUAAAAUUUUAAAAAACAAAGGCGGGUGCCUGGAUAGCUCAGUUGGUAAAGCAUCUGCCUUCAGCUCAGGUCAUGAUCCCAGGGUCCUGGGAUUGAGUGCCGAGUUGGGUUCCCUGCUCAGCAGAGGAGUCUGCUUCUCCCUCCAACUCCCUCUCUGCUCAUCUUCUCUCUCACUCUCACUCAAAUAAAUAAAAUCUUUAAAUACAUAAAGACAAAGGCAGGCACAUCACUAUAUUGUCCAUAAAAUGUCAGGUAUGUGUCUCAGUUUGCAGAGAAUAAAAAAUAGAACAUGUGUGUAUCCAAGUGUUGGAGAUUAUAUGUAAGAAUGAUGUUUGGAAAUUAAAGAUUAAAAUUGUUCAGCUU